AUGGACCGGAGCCCGACUGAAGGCUUCUUUCUCAUUCACGCUAGCCGACUCAUCCUUUUUCAUUCAAUAAAACGAAAUCGACUACCAGCACCACCAUCACCAUCGCAACCGACAGACCAUACCGGUUAUUCAGAAAAGUCGACGUAUCCGUAUGGAUACGACUAUGGCAUACCGGCUACUGGAUGUCCAGGCCAAGGUGUUUAG